AUGUCGAUGUUUAAGAGCUACUUCGGCCUUGGGGCUGCGGAAGCCCCCAUCAAAGAGUCCUCGCCUCGCCUUCUUCCGGCCUCCUGGUAUUCUUCCAAAGAAAUAUAUGAGCUGGAGCGACGCGCCGUCUUCAGUCGCAAGUGGCUCCUCACCACGCAUAAGCUGCGCUUCCCCAAGACGGGCGACUGGCUGAAGUUCAACAUCGCCGGAUAUGCCUUCAUCCUGGUCCGGGACAAAGAUGGGAAUGUGAAUGCCUUCCACAAUAUUUGCCGCCACCGAGCAUUCCCAGUGGUCACCGAGGACGGUGGCAGCGCUCGCAUUUUCUCCUGCCAAUACCAUGGGUGGUCAUAUGGUCUCAAUGGCAAGCUAGCCAAGGCUCCCCACUACCAGGAGCUGGACGGAUUCGACAAGAGCCAGAACGGGCUCUUCCCCAUUCAGGUUCAUGUGGACCGCAAUGGUUUUGUUUGGCUGAACCUGGAUGCGGAUGAUAAGCCCAUGAUCUCGUGGGACCGGGACUUCGCCGGCAUUGACUUGCAGUCCCGCUUCGAGGGCUUUGACUUUGAAGAGUAUGACUUUGAUUCCGGGUGGGAGUCCAUUGGGGAAUAUAACUGGAAGGCCGUCGCGGACAACUAUAAUGAGAACCGCCAGCAUCACACCGACAACGCCGGUCCCUUUGUGAUUGAUGCCCGCAAGUCUAUCCCGGAGAUCGCCAAGGCUCUUCGAAAUGCCAGCAACUACUACUUCCCCAAUACUUACGCGACUGUCUCAACCCACGCCUUCUUCAUGCAACGAUUUGUCCCUACUGGGCCCACCACCACCGCCGUGCGGUAUGAAAUUUACCGUCACAAGGAUACGAGCGACGAAGAUUUCGAACACACCCACGAGGCGUACAAACUCAUGGUAUCCGAAGACGAGACCGUCUACAGUGAAACCCAACAGGGCAUUAGUGCCCGGAUCUCGGCGGAUGGAGAGCUCCAGCCCCGCAAUGCAAACAGCCCUCUCUACUUCCAGACCAUUGUUCGAGAUCUCGUGGAGCAGCACCAGGAGAUGGAGGAACAGGCGCAAGGGGAAGUCUGGCCUGCUCGACAGCGACUCCCCCAGGAAGCUGCCGUCAGCAAAGAUGACAUGGACUUUUGUUCGAAAUUGACCGAGGGGGGCUGUUGUGGAGGCAAGGCGUGUGGCGCUGGACCUGCACCUGGACCUGCCACCGCUCCAGAGAUCAUGGUCUCCUGA